ACAGGAGAAAAGCCCCAUCAUUGUUCUCAGUGUGGAAAGACUUUUAGUCAAAUGGGUAGUCUCAAGACACACCAGAGUGUCCAUAGUGGAGAAAAGUCAUAUCAUUGUUCUCAGUGUGGAAAGACUUUUAGUCACAUGUGUAAUCUCAAGGAACACCAGAAGAUCCAUACUGGAGAAAAGCCAUAUCAGUGUACUACAUGUGGGAAGGGUUUCAGGACUAGCAGAGAACUUCCCAUCCACCAGAUGACACAUACUGGGGAAAAGCCAUAUCAGUGUUCUCAGUGUGGAAAGACCUUCAGUGCAGCAGGUGAUCUCAAUAGACACCAUAGAAUCCAUACAGGUGAAAAGCCCCAUCAGUGUUCUCAGUGUGGAAAGACCUUUAAUCAUAUGAGUAAUCUCAAGGAUCACCUGAAGAUCCAUACUGGAGAAAAGCCAUAUCAUUGUUCUCAGUGUGGAAAGACUUUUAGUAGAAUGGGUCAUCUCAAGACACACCAGAGGGUCCAUAGUGGAGAAAAGUCAUAUCAUUGUUUUCAGUGUGGAAAGGCCUUUACUCAAAAGGGUGAUCUCAAGAAACACCAGAGAAUCCAC